AUGGCUUUCACUAUGAAUAACUGGGCUGACUUUAGAUGGUGGGUAGGCUUCCUGCUUCCCAUACUUUUUGGGUUGCGUCCUCUGAAGGAGUGGCUCAAGCACCGGUUUUCUUUUCUGUGGCCACAGGAAGAAGACCAAGUCACUCCUUUGCUGAACCCCCAGUUGAUCACCCCGACGAACGAGCAAGUGUUGGAGCCCUUCGCUCAGAUGCGGACUGGUCUACAACAGCUGACGGCCCGGGACGACGCACUUCGGAAACUGCUGACCGAUCUGGAUACCGGGAAAGACGCACUCGAAAGACUGCUGACCCUGUUGAAGGAGCGGGAGGGCACAGUGGAACAACUGCUGACUAGCCUGAGGCAGCGGGAAACCGUGUUGAGUGACCGGGAAGAGGCACUUCGAAGGCGCGAAGAAGACAUUUUGCGUCGGGAGGGGCAGAUCGCACACGUCGUCUCUGAAGCUAUGAGGGGAUUGAGCUCUGUCCUUGAACCUCAUAGUGGCCGUUAG